AUGGCGACUCCCGGUCUUCUCUGGGUGACGAUGCACCCUCGCCCCUCCCUGCCUGCCGCCCAAUUCCACGACUGGUACAACACCGAACACGGCCCUCUGCGCCUGCGUCUGCCCUUUUGCACCAAUGGCUUCCGGUAUCGGGCGACGGAUGAGGAGGAGCCUGAAUGGGUGGCACUGUACGAUAUCACCGACAUGGUGGAGAUGACGCGCGAGACGUAUCUGGCCCUGCGGGGGGACACCAUCAAGACCCCGCGUGAAAAGGCGACCAUGGCCCAGAUUGCCGUCGAUCGUCGCCUUUACGACACGGUCCUGGAACAAAAGGCCGCCGACUAUAAAGCCCUCGAGGACACCCCAGAUACCGAGGCGGCCGGCUCCGUCCUCAUCGCCAUCUCGCUCACCCUGUCCGACGCCGCCCACGAGGACGACUUCACCCGCUGGUACGCGGAAGAACACAUUCCCAUGCUGACCCGCGUCCCCGGGUGGCGCUCCUCCCGUCUUUUCGUCACGGCUGCCAUCGACCCCAAUGCUCCUCGUGAAUACCUCGCCGUGCAUGAGUACCGCGCUCAGAAUGGUCUGGGAGGUCCUGAACACAAGGCCUCUUUGGAGACUCCUUGGAGCAAGCGUGUGAUGACUGAAGAGGUGGCCAAGGCUCGACGCCGCGUUUACCAGUGGGCCUAUACCUUUGGCCCUGCUCCUCGCGAGCUCUCAUCGCUGGCCUCUCCUGAUGUGGUCGGUCCUUGGUCAUCGAUUGAUGGUCGCACUCGCACAUUCCCGUCGCCUACUCGCCCGGCGGUCGAGUCGUUUGUUACCACCCCCGAUGGCGUGGAUCUGCCCUACCGGCUGGAAGGCAGCACCGAUCCUCAUAGCCCGGUGAUUGUCCUCAGCAACUCCAUCCUGGUGGACUACACCAUCUGGGACGAUUUUGUGGACCAGUUCCUGUCCGACCCGCGCAACCAGAACUUCCGCAUCCUGCGUUACUGCACCCGUGGCCGUCUGCAGGAGUGCGGCGAGAAGCCCGUCAACAUCGAUCUGUUGGCGUCAGAUAUCAUCGCUCUGCUGGAUGCCCUGCGGAUUCCCAAGGCGACCUUGAUUGGAGUCAGUCUGGGUGGAGUGACCGUGCUGAACACGUCGCUGCUGUACCCUGACCGGGUGACACGGUUCAUCUCGUGCGACACCAACAGCUCCAGUCCGGAGUCGAACCGCAAGGCCUGGAACGACCGGGUGGCCAUGGCAGAGGGCGAGGGGGCCGUGUCAACCACCACGCAGCAGACGAUUGUCGGCGAGCAGCUGGCCGAGAUCACCGUCCGGCGGUGGUUCACCCCGGAGUCUUAUGAAACGCAGCCCCAUCUGCCCGCCAAGGCGAAGGAGCUGGUGCGGACGAACAGUCUGGAGGGCUUCCGCCGGAGCGUCCAGGCACUGUGCGCAUAUGAUGUCCGGGACCGGAUGGCGCAGGCGCAGGUACCGGGUCUGUUUGUUGCUGGAGACAGUGAUGGUGUGCUGCCCAAGACGAUGCAGCAGAUGGCGGCGGAUCUGAAGGGAGAUGCAGAGUUGAAGCUGGUGCCAAAGGCGGGCCAUUUGCCGAUGCUGGAGAAUGCGACGGCAUUCACUGCUGUCGUCAACGAGUACCUCCAUUAG